GCUGUGGCUGGACCAGAAAAUGGAUGCUUCCUGCUAGCUGAAUGGGUAGUUGUAGCUCCAGGCUUGGUUUUGCGCAGCAUUUCAGCUAAUUUUUUUUUUUUUUUUUUUAGGAAAGACUCCGUGAGGGAAAAAAAAACCUGAUAGACGGUUUCCUCCUUAGGUCUCACUGGACCCUGUAACUUUAUCAAAGAGUGUGAUCAGGCUGUUGAUGUGGAGCUGGGUUAGCUGGACGCUACUGAAUCAGCUAGCAGGCUAAUGCUAGCACGAUAAUAAUAAUAGCCAGUUGAUCAUAAGGAUAAAUGCGCUCUUUCCAGCGCAGUUAAAGGACUGGUGUAUAUGUAGGUGGGACCAAAGGCUACACCUUAAGGUAUGGCCUGGAUUUGACUUGGACGGUGCUGGUGAUGGCAGAAGGUACGGACACUGGCGAGAUGCCCUCCUUUGAGCCAAGUCCCAGUUCUGAAGCAAAAAAGAGACAUACUUCUUCUGAUGGCAGAGAGGAACCUAUGAGGAAAAUGCCUUUGACAAAAUUUGGUUCCAGACCGCGAUUUGAGCCCGUGCACUUUGUGAGUGGCGGAAGCAGUGGAGGCGCCGGCGCUGAUGAGAAGGAGAACGAUAAGGAGCGCAGGAAAAGCGAGUUGUACAGACCGAGAGACUCUGAACACUCUUCAUAUAGCAGCAACAGCAGAGCACUGGGGUCUUCCUCCCUGAGGCCUGCUUUUGACAGAGUGCCAUCAUACACAUCUGACUCUUGGGGUUCCCACAGGGACAGAGAGAGAGACAGAGAGAUUUCUUCAGGUAGUGGGUUGGGGUAUGGAGGUCGUGGGUCAUCUUCAAACUUCAUGGCAAAAACACAGCAGGAGUACACAGCAAAAUAUGAGGCCCACAGCUCUCGAAAUUCAGACUCUUACUCUCAGCCCCACAGGUACAAUGGGUACGGGGGAGGGGGCAGAUCAGGAGGCUGGGAUUCUGGACGUCAGGGUUUGGGCUACAGCCAUCAAGACAGGCCGUCUUCGAGCAGGCCAUUCAGCAGAGUCUACAACAGCCCGGGGAGGAGCAGUCCUAAUGUUUUUCAGUCAGGGUCUUCAUUGCAACCUCUUCCGAUUUCUCAGUCAACAUUAGAUGAGAAGCAAAGACUGAUUGCCAAUGUAGCAUCUGCUCUGGCUGUUGCUUUUAGGGACCCUAUGUACAUGACUGGAAGUGAGUCGCCAAACUAUAAUUUUAUGUUGAGCCGUAGCAUCCAGGCCUGCAAAACCAACCCCGAGUAUAUUUAUGUUAGCCUAAAGGAUAUUCCUCAGGCUGACCUACCAAAGAACAAGAAAGUACCGACAGAUGGUUACGCCUGUGAACUGAGAUGCCAGGGUGUGUAUCUUGCUACUGGAUACUCCGGUAGUAAAAAUGGAGCAAGGGACAGGGCCUCUGAGCAGGCUGUGAAACUUUUCCUGAAACGUGAGGUUCGUGUUGUGCAGCGUAUCAGACACUCUGUAGUCAAUGACAUGGUUGUGUGCCAGAUGCACAGCCCAACACCAGCAUUUUUGCCUGCACUCCGCAACCCAGAAGAUAAGCCGACGCCUAGCUCCAAAGGCCAGUACGAGCCUGACAAGCGGAAGCACUGGACGGAGUUUGUGGUCUUGGACAAUGCUCACGAUGCCAUCUGCAUACUGAACAACUCUGCUGCUUUCAAUCGCAUGAAGAUUGACUAUAAAUUUGAUCCUCCCAACAGCAGUGUAUGGCUAUGCAGUGUCUUUCUGCAGGGCGAGCUGGUAGCGCAGGCAACGGGCAAAAAGAGUUCAAAGCAUGCAGCAGCGGAGGAGGCAGUCAGGAAACUUCGUAUGAACCAAGCACAACGGCAACAACAGCAGCUGCAACAGCAGCUACAACAGCAGCUGCAGCAGCAGCAACAACCGCAGUCUCAGUACUCCAGAGGAAAUAUUCAGUCAGAUUUUGGUGGGCGAUUUGGGCAGCAAAGUGGCAAGAAGCUGAGCGAGCUGGUUAUCCUGGAAAACUCUGACAAUGCAAUUUGCAUUAUUAAUGACACUGCUCAGUUUAAUAAAGUGACUGCUGAUUACAAGUUCACAGUUCUGCCCGAUCAUCGCUGGAAGUGUGAAGUUUACUUAGAAGGACAGUAUGUUGCAGCAGGAAUUGGGCCAAAGAAAAUAGUAAAGCACAUUGCAGCGGAGGAGGCUUUAGCCACGCUGAGACAGACGCAGGCUGUGGUCAAAUCCAACCUAAGGAAGGAAGGUCACAGUGACGCCAUAUCACGUUCUCAGAUCAUGGGUCGCUCAGGUGAGGAGGCCACGAGGCAGGAGAUUAAAGAAGACAACAUUGGAAACCAGCUGCUCCGGAAGAUGGGCUGGAAAGGAGGUGGUCUGGGCCGAGAUGGGGAAGGCAUUGCAGAGCCAAUUAGAGUGAAGGAGCAGUUCUCGAGAGAGGGUUUGGGUAUGGACACCGAUAAAACCGCAAAUCAGCUCAGCAAGCGUGACAUUGAGGACAUCAUUCGCAACUACGCUAGUUCAGACCGCCAGGAUGACCUCCGCUUCUCCACUGAUCUCACCAACGAUGAACGCAAGCAGAUCCACCAGAUAUCUCAGAAAUACGGCCUGCGAAGCAAGUCCUAUGGGCAGGGACGGCAACGCUUCCUUGUCGUCAGCCGCAAAGUACACAAAGACCAGCUCAUUGGUCAGCUUUUACAGGAAGGACAGGUGGGCCGAUAUGAGCUUGUGAAACCUCAGGCCUCACACUAAUUUGCAUGAAGAGAAAAAUCACAAUUUAAAAAACAAAAGAAAAGGGACAAAUACUCAUUAUCUUGGACUUGAAGGCAAAUCACACCCAAGUAUACCUGCUGUGUUUAUACUUGUGUUACAAAUUUGCAGCACAUGUUAAUAAAUGAGAAUCUUUCAGGUAUCA